GCAAUCAGAGCCCUCCUACGCAUCUUGUUCCCCUCCUCAUAUACUCCACCCCUUCAUUUGUCCUACCAUAAACUUCUGAACUCGCAUCCCUGACAGAUCCUCCUCUUCCCAACUGUAAAAUCAAAGCAGCAGGAUUGAAUCUCAGUACUUUGGCUGUCUAUCUGCAGUUUCAGCCCUGCAUCAACGGAUAACCUCUUCCGUCACCACGACAACCAGCAUCUUUCCUCCCUGCACGGCUCUCCACUCCACCUUGCGGUACUGCCAUCCAUCCUCUCUCUCUCUCUCUUUCUCUCUUCUGCACCCCUCCCCUCUCUGUGCACUAAAACACAUCCCGCCUCAGCAUGGAGAAGGUGCAGCACAUAACGCGGGCGGCCAUUCGGCGAGCGUCCACCAUGGAGGUUCCCCAGCAGGCCAAGCAAAGAAUGCAGGACCUCUUCGUCAACUUUUGCCUCAUCCUCAUCUGCCUGCUUCUCAUCUACAUCAUUUUCUUGUUAAUGUGAGCGGGAGCGGCCAUAGUUUUUCCUUGAGCCAAUAAGGGUGAAGGACUGUACAGAGGGGCCAAUCAUGUUGUAAACAGCAUGAUCUUUGUCUAAAUUGUUUGUAAAUAAGAUUAAGAGAAGUUUUAUAGCUCAUAGAUUAGUGGUAAGUGAGCAGAGUGGUUAAAAGCUGCCAAAAUUGGUCCCUAUCUGUCACUGGGGCGUUACCCUUUUAAAAAGUACACCUUUGCACCUAAAGAGGGCACCUUGGAGGUACCAAAUGUUUACUUAUCUGUACCUAAUGGUACACAUGGGGACCUUUUUAGAGGGUAUUGCCCCAGUGACAGUGUAGCAAAUAACACGAAUAUUGAAAAUGUUUUACUACGUAUCCACCAGGCUGUUAGUAGACACUUUUGUUAAUACAACCAAUGCGAGAAUCUCAACUAACCCAAAUACUGGUUGAUAUCAGCCUGGCAUAAACAGGAACAGCCUAUCACUAAUGCAAUGUUAAUUUUGUUAAUAAUAAACAAAACAAGAAAGUGCUCCUGUAGUUUAUAACAACUACACUGGCCUUGGAGCUCCAGUAUCAUCACUGUGAACUGAUGCUGCAUGCAUUUAUCUUCAUUUUGUGUCACCACCCCAUCACUGCAUGUCACAUGUGGGCCACGAGAUGACAUCUGUCUUUAUGCACUGUGCCAAACUUUACUUCACUUGCUCAAUAAAUAUGGUAUGAUCACGUGUGUGCAAUAAAAA